AUGAAAGAACUGACCAGCGGUUUAACAGAACUUCCUACCAGUAUUGUGCUGAUUCAUUCACCUAUUGGAAGCAAAGACGAUCAUCAUUCAGUAGUUCCCCCAUUUGCAGAGAAGUCCUCUCCCACACCAUCAUACCUAACUCCUACUGCAGCAUCAUCCAGUAGAAGUGUAGUAGCUCCUACACCACGCACAUCACCACUUCAGUUAACCACCAAACCCUUGCCAAGCGAGUCAACAAAGACCAGUCCUACACUCAGAGCAAGUUUCUUCUCAGGAAUCUUCGACUCACCAGAACCAGUCAAUCUACCAGUCCCAGCAGAGGAACAACACCCAGUUCCUGAUCCACCAGAACCUAAACCAGAACCCUACAGACCUCCAGUCAAUCCUACCCCAGAGGAAGAACCUACUGACAGACAUCCGAACAACCCAGAAGAUGGAGACCCAGAACCAAGUGAUCAAGAAGACAAAGAAGAUAUGUCAGACAACAACAGCAGAGCAGUAAACAAGCCUAACCAAUUUGAAGGAGACAAGGGAAAGAGCAAGGAAUUCCUGGACAAAUUAUACCUACAUUUUGAAGUGAACUCCAAGAAGAUUCAGACCGAUAAGGAUAAGGUUCAAUGUGCUCUUUCAUAUAUCAAGGAACCUGCUCAAUUGUUUGUCCACAUGAUCAUCAAUGACGCACAAGAACCCGUCUCUGACACCAAAAAUGUGCCACUUAAAGGAUUACCUAGCUGGGCUAGCUUCAGAAAGUCCUUUAUCCAGACCUUUGGAGCAGAGGAUGACACCCAGGCAGCAUUGAAUAAGAUCAGCAAGUGCACCUGGGAUAGGUGUGGAGGAAAUGGCCUUCGAUUCAUUACUACUCUUCGACCUCUAUUACAGGCCAGUGGGUUAAACGAAUUAGGGCAAAUCUGA